AUGCCGCUCUUAAACACGCCCGUGCCAGGAGCCCGUGAAUUUUAUCCGUUAAACGAACCAGAGAUUGGAACAGCGCUAUCGCAGAAGGAUGCUCCUCUUCUCUUCCAACCGAUUACCAUCGGAGGAGUAACCUUCAAGAAUAGAAUCUUCGUGUCACCCAUGUGCCAGUAUAGUUCCAGUGACGGACAUGCAACUGACUGGCAUCUCGUUCAUAUCGGGGGGUUUGCUACCAGAGGAGCUGGCGCGAUCUGCUUGGAGGCUACUGCGGUCGUUCCAGAAGGACGCAUAUCUCCAUCAGAUGCGGGAAUAUGGAAAGACAGCCAAAUAGCGCCGUUGAAGCGUAUUGUCGAGUUCUGUCAUUCUCAAGGCACCAAAGUUGGAAUACAACUUGCCCACGCGGGUCGUAAAGCUUCUCUCCUUGCUCCCUGGAUUGGGCCUGUGCGUGCGGCUGCCGUUGACGAAGGCGGAUGGCCUGACGAAGUAUAUGCUCCAAGCCCCAUUUCAUAUGCUAAUGAUUACCCCCUUCCGAAGGAAGCAUCUGAGGAAGACAUGCAACGCGUCGAGGAUGCUUUUGCAGACGCUAUCGUUCGAUGUGAGAAGGUUGGAUUUGAUUUCAUCGAGAUCCACGGGGCGCAUGGAUAUCUCCUCCACUCAUUUGUUUCACCGCUUUCGAAUGUACGCAAUGACAUAUAUGGGGGGCAACCACUAGAGAAUCGCCUACGAUUCCCUCUUCGGGUGGUCCAGCGAUGUCGUGCAGCUUGGUCCAAACCCUUAUUCGUCAGAAUUAGCGCGUCAGACUGGGCAGAGGGACCAGAGAAAGGAGAAGACGGCAAUUGGGCGCAGUGGGGGAUAGAGCAGAGCACUGUCUAUGUCGGUGAAAUGCUGAAGUUGGGCAUUGACCUGGUUGAUUGUAGUUCGGGAGGCAACUGGGCAAAGCAGAAGAUCCCUUACGAGCAUGGUUAUCAGGUGCCCUUCGCCGAGGCAUUAAAGAAGGCACAUCCUUCGUUACCCAUCGGCGCUGUUGGGUUGCUUACGGAUCCGUCGUUAGUUGAAAGGUAUCUCCGAGAUGGGAAGGCUGAUGUUGUCUUCCUUGGUCGCGAAUUGUUGCGAAACCCACACUGGCCACUCGCAGCUGCGAAGGCCUUGGGAACACCAGUAAAAGCAGCGAAUCAAUAUGAAAGAGCAUGGUAA